CACGCCGGUACUGUCACGCCCCUGUCCCUGCUGCUUGUGUUGCUGAUUUUUUGGUAUUGAUUGAAGUCGCUGCGUGAUUCAGUCAAUUCCUUCAUCAGAUUUCAUCACCAAUUGGACGGAUUUGGUUAUAUCGGCAAGAAUCACUUUGGAUUUUUUGAGGGAGGGAGUGUAUCCCUGUACCUAUCUCUUCGGUUUUGUCCCUGAAAAAAAAGUUUUUAAUCGAAAAUUGGGGCGAAACAUGCUGAACGCCGUAUACGUACUGAACUCUACCGUAUACGUAUUCAGGCCCAGACUAAAUAAAAUGUUGACUUUAUUAUCGAGAAAGAAAAAAAAAUCCAGCAACGUGACAUAGAACCAGCCUGAUCUUGAUAGCGUGCGAGAAAAAAAAAGAGAUCGACGCUCGACCACGGCCCACGGGCAGACCCGAAGGAACAGCUGGCGACGAACCCAAACCUCGCUGCCUCGGUCGGUCGGUAGCCUGUACACCCUAUACGUAGAAAAUAAGCUACCGUAUGCGUAGACAAUACGCUACCGUAUGCGUAGCGAACACGCUACCAUAUACGUACCGUAGUCGGACCCGAUACACCGUAUAAUACAGGUCGUCGACGCCCUAAUUUGGCAAAAGCUUUUCCGCGCAAUCGAUCGCAGAGUUUUCGCGCGAACAAGAAACCUCCAGCUCCCCGCUCCGCUCGAAUCGCCCCGUCGCCAUGGUGCAUCACCGGCGCCGCAGCUGCCUGCGCCGUGUCCUCACCAUCGCCGGCGGUGUGUCGGCCGGCCUCCUCCUGCUCGCCGGCGGCCAUACCUACGCCCACGGCCAGCUCUUCUCGCCGGGCUUGCUGCCCCUCGGCCUCGGCGCCGACUGCUCGCCGUCCUUCGCCCCGCCGCCCUUCGCCCCGCCGCCCUUCGCCCUCUCGCCGCUGCCGCCCUACCUCCUGUCAGACUUGGAGGCCGACGCCUCACCGCCGCAGCCGGAAGCCAACCUCCCGCGGCGCCUUCUGCCCAUCCACCGCUCGCCGCCCUGCCUCCCCUCGAACUCGGAAUCGGGGGCCGACCGCUCGCCGCCGCAGCACGACGACGCGGAUGCUGUCUUGCUCCCGGACUGGGAGGUUCUUGUCCUGACUGACGCUGAGCCUGGCGCCAAGGCGACGUGCGCCUUCCAGGGUGGAGCGUCGUCCCCGGCGAGCGCGCUUGGGAGGCUGCCGGGGUCGGGCCGCCACGCCUACAUCUGCCCAAUGCCCGAGCCUGCCCGGAGCCUCCAGCCGCUCCAAGCGCCCGUGCUGCUCCCCACUUCGGCUUCCUCUGCCGAUUGCCCUGGCCGCGCAUUGCUGAAUUGGACCGGCCGGAUCGCGUUCAGCUCUGCAACUCUCGACAGUGGCGAUGUUCUUGUCUUUGAAAAGGGCGUCAACCAUGUUGCUGGCGGUGUCCAAUGCCUGUAUCGCUACUGUGGCGAGACCCAUGCCGUGGUGGCCUCCUUCCCUGCCAUCACGUCCGUACAGCAGGUUACCCGGUGCCCCGCUCCACCGAUCCAUCUGAACUCUAGGAACACAGAGUUCCGUGUCACCGUGGCAGCCACGGGCGAGGAUCCAAUCCCCACACUCGUGACUUAUCGUCCAUGGCAGAGUGAAAGUGGCUUGCCGGUGGCACCGGAAAAGAACCUGAUUUGUGCAUGCACUAUGAUUCACAAUGUCUCAAAGUUUCUUCGCGAAUGGGUGCUGUAUCAUGCCGCUGUCGGGGUGGACCACUUCAUCCUGUACGACAAUGGAAGUAAGGAUGACUUGGCAGAUCAAGUUGCCCAGUUGAGGUCAGCCGGAAUCAGCAUCUCCACCGUGCCUUGGCCGUGGAUCAAAAUGCAGGAAGCCGGCUUCUCCCAUUGUGCCGCAACGCACCAGAGCUCUUGCAAGUGGAUGGCCUUUAUUGACGUCGACGAGUUCGUUUUUUCGCCCAACUGGGAACGAUCUGAGAAGCCGUCAAAAUCGAUGCUUGAGGCGAUUGUUCAGGUUGAUCCAGAUGUCGGGCAGGUACAUCUGUGGUGCUUUGAUUUUGGCCCCUCUGGCCAAACAUCACACCCACAGGAGGGCGUCAUCCAAGGAUACACAUGCCGUCUGAAGAGGUUUCUGAGGCACAAAUCGCUGGUUCUGCUUGCUGCAGUGGACCAUUCUUUGGAGAAUGCAAUUCACCACUUCACACUGAAGGCUGGUUUCAAAAGUAUACGGAGCAUGCAGGCACGUGUGAACCAUUAUAAGUACCAGGCAUGGACCGAGUUCAAGCAUAAGUUCAAACGACGAGUGUCUGCCUACGUGGCUGACUGGAGAGAUCCAAUCAACCUUGAGUCCGCUGACCGGGCCCCCGGCUUAGGCGUUGAUGGAGUUGAACCGGUUGAUUGGGCGCAAAGGUAUUGCGACAUCAAGGAUAACCUGCUUCAGAAAUUGAGCUCAAGAUGGUUCGGUAAUGGAUUGGGAAGUCCGGGAUCUCAGGAUACUUAGGCUUGGCAGUAUCUGUAACCUGCGACUGUCUAGAAGGAUCCAGAGGUAUUAGAGAUGGAACUGUAAUCUAGUUUAAACCUGUCUCCUUGCCUCCCAAGAUCAAUCUAGAUACCAAUCUGUACAUCGCUUGCCACGUUCGGCACCUAUAAAUAAACAUCACGCGGCCUCCAAUGGAGGUAGAGACGCUUCCACAAUUCUCACAUGGUAUCACGAGUCAUCUUCCUCUUUUAGCAAUUCAU